GGCUUCCUGUGCCUCCUCAGUGCUGGAGGCGGGCCUUGGGGUCGCAGUCCGCGCCGCCGCCCGGCCGACUCACGUGACUGACCUGGGCUCAGGAGAGGCCGGCACCACUGAGGAAGCGGCGGCUGAGGCGGCAGAGGCAGCGACUGCAGCUGGGAGCUAGCGGCCAGGCGAGGGACGGGCCGGCUGCCCUCUCGGACCGCCGCGGCGGAAGAGAAAAAUGGCGGAGGCCUCGGCGGCCGGGGCGGGCUCAGGCGCCACCGUCGCCGCGCACCGGUUUUUCUGCCACUUUUGCAAGGGCGAGGUCAGCCCCAAACUACCGGAAUAUAUUUGUCCCAGAUGUGAAUCAGGCUUUAUUGAAGAAGUGACAGAUGACUCCAGUUUUUUAGGUGGUGGCGGAGGCCGGAUGGACAAUAGCACAUCAACACAUUUUGCAGAGUUCUGGCGCAAUUUGGACCACACGAUGAUUAUACAAGAUUUCAGACCAUUUCUAAGUAGCAAUCCACUGGACCAAGAUAACAGAGCCAAUGAGAGAGGUCACCAAACUCACAGUGACUUCUGGGGACCAAGUCGGCCUCCAAGGCUGCCAAUGACUCGGAGGUACAGAUCGCAAGGAAGUGCUCGUCCCGAUAGAUCCCCAGCCAUUGAAGGAAUAAUACAACAGUUCUUUGCAGGAUUCUUUGCAAAUUCUGCAGUGCCUGGGUCCCCGCACCCUUUUUCCUGGAGCGGGAUGCUGCACUCCAACCCUGGGGACUAUGCCUGGGGUCAGACAGGGCUGGAUGCCAUUGUAACCCAGCUUUUAGGACAACUGGAAAACACGGGGCCUCCCCCAGCUGACAAGGAAAAGAUCACAUCUCUUCCAACAGUGACAGUAACUCAGGAACAAGUUGAUAUGGGUUUAGAGUGUUCAGUAUGCAAAGAAGAUUACACAGUAGAAGAGGAAGUCCGGCAGCUACCCUGCAACCACUUCUUUCACAGCAGUUGUAUUGUGCCCUGGUUAGAGCUGCACGAUACAUGUCCUAUAUGUAGGAAGAGCUUAAAUGGUGAGGACUCUACUUGGCAAACCCAGAGCUCUGAGGCCUCUGCAAGCAACAGAUUUAGCAGUGACAGCCAGCUACAUGACCGAUGGACUUUCUGAAGCCUAAGCCGCAUCUGAGCCAGGGCUGUGGUGGUCUUCUUACAGGUGUAUAUUGUAUCAAAGCAAAAAGAUAGUAGAAACCCCGACCCAUAAUAUUAAUGCAAUGAGUGUUUUUCUUCUCUAAAUUUAAAGUUAGCAUCUGUAGAUGGAAUUGUAUCUACAACCAAAUGCCUCUCCUUCCUGAAUUCAGAGUGAUAAUUUUAUAAGUGUGAAACUUUGCUAUGUGGGUUUCCCACCACCGGAAUAGAAUCAGCUCCUUAAAGUGUAGCUAGGGCCCUGCUACCUGUCAUGUUACCUUGUAAUGGAUGCUCUCACCUCCGUGUCCAGCCUCCACCUACCAUCUGUUAGUGCAUUUUACAGUAAAUGCAGUGGAACUAGAGCCCUUAACGUGCUGCUGAUGUGAAGUCCUCCUGUUUCAAUUGUACAAAAGCAUAUGCUCUUGACCACACUUAGCUGUGACUUGAGGUCAGAUUAAUUCAGGAAUUUAGGCCUAAUCAUUUUGUUUUGUCUUAAACCCUCAGAGAGCAAAUCACAGAAAAAUUACAGUGGGAAGGGGAAAGUGGCAUAUUUUUGUGCCCGUUGGUGUUCUCAUUUGAACUUCUAAAGCCUACUUCACAAGUUGCCGUUUCCUCAGAAACCGCCAUGACACAUCUUAGGAGUCUCCUGUUGGUUGGAAUCGAUCUGGAUCCUUUGGGGAAUGAGCAGGGCAGCAGACAUGCGCAGAGGACAAAUGUCUGAAAUCUUUGGUUCUGAUGUUUUUUAAUGAUCCCCAACUCAUCGUUUACUGUCUUUUGUCCUGGAGACCUUAAAAUAACUUCCUUCACAGAGGUGGAAUUACUUCAUUAUUGCUUCUGCUACAGCCAUGUUACCGUUUUUAGUAAUUCAUUGGUCUUUAGGGAUUGAGAUUUUUGCAUGGUCUCAUUUUAAUUUUUUAAGCCCUUUAAUCAUCUCUGAAACCUUUCUGUUGGCUUGGUUCUUAAUGGCUGUACUUGGAGUCAGACCUGUGGUUGUGAUCAUGCCCAAAACUGCUUGGCCUAGGAGAACUACACCUUAUUUUUUUAGCCCAGCAGCGUCCUGUGUACAUGCAUGCACUCUUUGGAGCAUUUGAAGAUCAGAAGUGUCCUUGGAACCUCCAAGUCUCAAAAGGAAAUGAUGGGGACAUGUAACCACUGUUGGUGCACCCACAAGGGUGACAGAGGGGCACCGUUUAUAUGGUCACAUCAGCCCUUCCGAACAAGAAGGCCACUUUUGGGUCAGUCUCUUUCUUGGCUAGGAGUCUCUUUUAGUUUUUGUUGACUAUCAUAUACUAUACACUGAUUCUGGGGGGGUAUGAGAAGGGGGUUAGAUGAUAAAGGAGUAGGGGGCAGAGAGAGAAAGGGGGAGCGUGGCUUGCUGAAUUCAUAGCCUGUCUGUAAAAGUUGUGUCCAUAAGGGAUGAUUUAGGUUGGGCCCAGAGGGAAUAAAAGUUGUUUUUUCAUGUGCCUCUCAUGUCAUACCUCUGUAGUGACUGUUUCUUUGGACAAUGUGAGCUAUUUGCUAAGGCUAUUGAAAUGUCACCCCAAAAUACACAUUGGUUUUGAAUCGGGGGGUGAAGAGAUGGGGUGGGGUGGAGUGAGGUAUAUUAUGACUGUUUAAUGGCCACUAUUCAACUGUCAGAAAAUUUAUGAUAGUCUGGAAAAAUUUGUCUGCUUGUUAAUAUGCGCAGGUGCCAGGAUAGGCGGUUGUGUUUUCACUCACAACUAGAGAACUAGAAAGGAUCGGAGUGGCUUCACUAUGGGAUGAAGCACAGUGCUGGGUCGGGAUUUAGCUUUUCCUACACAGAAUAGCAAGUAGCAUCCGUCCGAGUUACCUGAAAUCUUCUUCACUUUUGCUCUGAUAAAGGACAGGAGGCUCAUUUGGCCGUUCCCCAGGUCCCUCCCACUUAAGGAAUCUAGAGCUUCUUCCUAGAAUUGGCAGCACCUCAGAUUUCCAGGUUAAUUUAGGUUAAGGAGUGUUAGGGUUCUCCAGGGAAGCAACGAGAUUUAUAAGGAGUUGGCUUAUGCUAUUAUGGAGGCUAAGAAGUCCCAAGGUCCGCAGCCAGCCAGCCACGAGGGAGUCGGCGGUAUUGUUCCAGUCCGACUCCGAAGGCCUGAGCACAGGCAAUUUGGUGAUGUAAGCUCCAGCCCAAAAAGCCAGAAGGAUCUGAUGUUUCGGUUUGAGUCCAAAGGGAGUAAAGGACUGAUGUCCCAAUCCAUGUGGGCGGGCAGGAGAAGUUCCCCUUACCGGUAGGAGUGUCAGUAUUUUAUUCUGUUAAGGCCUUCAACUGAUUGGAUGAGGCCCACCCACAUUAGGGAGGGAAAUAUGUUUUAUUCAGUCUACUGAUUUAGAUAUUAAUCUUAUUUAAAAAAUACCCUCAUGGACACACCCAGAACUAUCUUGGCAUCCCAUGGCUGAGUCAGGUUGACACAUAAAAUUAACCAUCACAAGAAAAAUAGAAAUGAUGCACACAGCACAGUGAGCCUCCUCCCACUUUUUUGUCAGGUGAACAGAGUGUGUAUGGAAAUGCCUGGCUUGCUGGGAGAUGUCAGUACUGGGGUUAAACAGUGGAGGUAAUAUAUAUGGGAUGCGGACCAGCUUGCUUUGUGCAUCACACCUGUUUUUCCUCUUUGGCCUAAAUUCACCUGGAAGUGUGAGAUACCUCCCAUUCUGGGAAGAAACACCGUGGACUCGUUGGUCCAACACCACAGUGUGGCUGGAGUUAAGAGUUUAUUUCUAGGAAUGCCUUGGUCUUAAAUGUUUUAAAACAUAGUUUAGAUACAGCCUGCAGCAGAGGGCUAUGUAACCUGAAUUUUUCAUUUUCAGGUGUUUCCUUGAUAGCUGGAAGGCUUACAGACGCAGGAACCUGGAGCCUUCAGGAGUCAAGAGGGCUGAUUUAGCUCUCCCUGGUGGUCAAAGACAAGAGACAGCUGUUGGCAAUUUCAGAUCUUGAACCUUUACAGUGUUGAGGCCUCAGCAUUCAUGUUAAAUGGCCUACCCUUUGAGUCCCAUGCAGAGCUAAACAGAUUGCUUUUUUAUUCAUGAAUGUCUUCUUUGCCUUCCUCUUGUCUGUUAUAAUUUGAAAUAAGAGGGAAGAAAACUGUCUUAGCACAUAAAUAGGAGAGACUUGAAAGUUGAGAGGUUGUACAGGGCAUCGCCUCGCUGGCCUCCAGGUGAUUAUUGCUUCUCAGGUACUUUCCAGACAGGUUAGUCUAAUCUUCAUUGGGUUAGUUCUGGCUGGACAGAACUGGGCAGUUGAGUGGGAAGGGCAGAGAAGGGAACUUUUAGCUGAUAGAUCGCCAACAUCUUUAACGUUUCUAAGCUAGUGAGUUGGGAGGAGAGAGAAAGUCUCAUUCUGGCAUUAAAAAUUAAUUUUCCCCCAAAAUUCCUAUUGGCAGUUCUCUGAAGAGUUGAGAAACUUGAAGAAUCCAGAAUGAUAUUUUGUCCCUGUUGGUAUAGAUCCUUGACUCCUUACAAUAAUAUUUUAAUUUCUAAGAGAAAGGAAUUAUUCUAGGUGGAGGAUGUGGAAAUGGCUAUAAAUCAGAUGCUUCCUUAGCUUAUUCUAAAUUUUAGUUAAAACAUAUGCUGUGUAACGGUUGAGCAAGUGCUCGUUAGAUGCUUUCGUUGAGCACUAGUGUCUCUGGUCCAAUAAUUAGCUCUCAAGUUAGAAGGAAGAUUUGGGGGGAACACUCCCCCCCCAACAAGUCUCACUUUGAUUGAUUAGUUAUUAGAAAAAUUCCAUGUUUGUGUUUUCGUAUUGCACUUUUGUAUGUGCAUGUGGGUGUGUGCAUGUAUAUAUUCACAGAUGCACACAGACGCACAUGUUACUAGAGGAAGGAAGGAUGUGAUGGGCACUGAGGUGACGUGGGCAGGGCUAUCACAGAGGGUGGGCCUCCCAGUCUGAUGCUCAGUGUACACACCUCAGGCCCUCGCGUUUCUGUUCUUGGUUGUGGGACAUUGUUGGCUUGGGCAAGCACCCUGUAUAUGGUGUGGUGAAGGAUUCAGUAGAGGUAAAAGCCUAGUCAUUUAUGAAGGUUGAGAAUAAAUGGCUUUCAUAACCCAUCACUUCUGUAUUAACAGUAAAUUGAACUCAAAUACAAUUACUGUUUUUAAAAAAAAUUUUCUUGAUAAAUUAUUGCUACCAAAUUGACUUCUCUCAUGACUUGCAUGCUUCACUUUCUCCCUGGUGUCCAGGUGCUGUUUCCUCAAGGAGUACUAAUUAAAUAUGUCCGUCUAAUGAGGAGGGGAUCAUAGUCUGUGUCUGUUCUAAACAACAAACAGCCUCUGGGGUUUUGGGAGGUGAGGGGCACUCAGAGUUGGCGGUUAGAGCCGAUCUAGGCAGGCCACUGCCAUCUGGGAAGGAAGACGAUUUGGGGAGGACAAGGGAGCAGAGCUGGGAUGUAGAUGGUUGGAUGUUAGUGGCAGACCCUCUGGCCUGUGGUAGAGAGGUUGCAGGGUCAGAAUGCUCUUUACAGGAAUAAGCCAGUGGAGAUUCGGGAGUCGGGAACACCAGCAGGAGAGGACUCUUGUUGAGAGUUUCCAAAAUAAUGUCACAUAAGCUGCAGGCAGUUGGGGAAAAGGUUUGAUGGGGUAAACAUCCCAAGUGGCUAUCGCGUGGGAGGGAAUUGUAGCUUGCGGUGAUGUUAGUGUCUCAGUGCUCAGGCUGGGAACCACAGGGGCUGCUCCAGGGGUCUAAAAUCCAGUGGGUAGAAUACAGUGUAUACAAUUGGGGACACUUUCCAGGUUCAAAAGAAAGCCCUUGUCCGAUCCAAAGGACACUGAGGCUUUGAUCCCUUAUACCUGCCAGACAAAUGGAAUUACAGGCAUGAUCUACACAAACUUAGUUUUGCCUGAUUACAUUUAGAAGGUGUCCACGGCAGUGGGGUCUAAUGUUGCCUUUCCUCUUUCAGCCAGGACACUUGUAUCUGAAUCAUGGGGUUUUGGCUUGUGGUUCUUUACCAUUUCUGAUCAGAGGCACCAUUUUCAAGGUCCAAAAAUUAUUAAGACUCCCUCCCAACAAGAUGAUAGCUGUAUUUUUAGCAUUUUGGUAAAAAAAAAAAAAACAAAAACAAAAAGCAGCUGUGAUUUCAGUAAUGCUUUUACAUCAGUUUGUCUUUAUUAGCCACACUGGAGCUACAUCCAGUUGAACUGUACAUACAUAUUUAUAAGACGGAUCUCAAAACUUCACUUGCCCAAGGACACUCAGCUGGUAUGUUGCAGAGUCAGAAUUUUAAUCCAGGUCUUUUUGCUCCACUCCUGGUCUUUUUACCUCCAUGAGAUACACAGUCCAAAAUCCUUUGAGUUGAGGUUCAGGGCCAUCACUAAUAAGGGUCUUACCCGUCUCUUUCAGCUUUCUCUGUGUUCCCACAAACCUUAGCUCCCACAUUUGGCAGGUCCUGGCCAAGGACCACAGGUAAGGUGUCUGUUCCCUUGUGAUGGCUCCAGUUAAAUUGUCUGCGUUCCUGCCUCUUCAUCCAUGUAGUUCUUUCUAUUAGGAAUAUCCUGCCCCCUCUUCCCUGCUUAACUGUGACAAGAGGCCAUCUGUUCAAAGAGAAACAGAAUUUGAGAAUUUAGGAGAAAAACAGCUGCUAGUAUUGCUUUGGACUUAAUCUGACCAGAGAGGUUGACAAGUCCUGAGUUGAAGCUAGACAGCGGGGUGUGUGGUGCUCCUGGUCUGCACACCUUCCUCCAGCCUAGCUGCGUGGAGGCCGCCGAACACCACGUGCUCUUCGUUUCCUCAUUUGCGCUCCAUGUCAAGCCACCGGCUCUGGCUCCCUGUCUCCUGUCCUACCUGUCUUUGCUUGUUUCCUCUCUCUCUGCCCUUUACAAUGUUAAAUAAAAGUUUCUUCCAAAAGCAA